CGCUGCGGCCCGGCCGAGCUGAAGGGCCUGAAGCGCCCCGGGGGAGAGGAGGGUGUUUCCCGCCGGACGAGUUGGGCGUGGCGCUGCCGUGGACGGUGCGGAGCAGUGCUAAGGAAGCGAUUUCAAAGCCUCUCAGGCAAUGGCCUUUGAAAGGAUAAACCAGAAGGACUGGUACAAGGUCCUGGGGGCCAAACCAUCAGACAGCCCAGCAGAACUGAAACGGAAAUACCAAAAACUUGCUUUGUUGUAUCAUCCCGACAAACAGGAGGCAGAUGUGCCAGCAGGAGAGGUGGAGGAGCGCGUGCAGCGGUUCAUCGAAAUUGAUCAAGCGUGGAAAAUUCUAGGGAACGAGGAGACAAAAAAAGAGUAUGACCUGCAGCAGCGUGAAGAUAACCUGACAAAAGAAUGGCCACUUCAUGCACAGAUUUAUCUUGAGGAUAUGUCCUGGAAUGAAGAUGAACAACUCUACACUCUGUCCUGUCGAUGUGGUGGGAAUUACAGUGUCUUCAAGAAUGAAACCAAAGAUGUGUCUUUGGUCUGUUGUGACUCAUGUUCACUUGUUAUUGAGAUCCUGCAAUGAUUGUUUCAAU